AUGCCAAAAACAAAGAAAAAGUCCAAGAAACAACUGGAGGAUGAGUUACAGAAGGCAGCAGAAGAGCAACGGCGCCAUGAAGAAAAAGAACGUCUGUUCAAGUUGGAGGAGGAUGCUCUGGCUGCCCAUCGGGAGCGCCUGGAAAUUGAGCUGGAAGGUAAGAACCGCGUGUUAGAAGCGGAGCGAUUAGAGGAGGAGCAAGAGAUUGUUGCUCGAAUGAAGGGGGAGCGGAAGCGAUGCCUAGACUAUGAGCAGUCAAAGCUCCAAGAGAAGAUUGAAUGGCAGAAGUUCGUGUCCUGCACGUCACGCCCGAAUGUCAUGUUUGAAAGCGAGAUUACCACAUAUGUCACGAUGGUUCGUGAGGAGAAAUCAGAUCGGGAGUCCAUGGAGUCUGCCAUCGAGAAGUGCAAGGCCGCAGAGGAGGUUGUCGGUGACCUCCUGGAAUUGUACUGCAAAGCUUGCGAAGAGGGCGAUGUCAUCAGACAAGACUGGUGCAUGCACUACAUCGCAGAGAUCCGCGAACUGGAAAUCGAGUUGAUAGAUGCAGCAACGGCGCAUUUGCUACUAUACAUCGAGAAGCAGGAAGCGAACACAUAUUCACAGGUGUACCUGCAGUGGGGCAAUGCUAUUGAUGCUUUGAAGGUCGGAUUUUGGGGCCACUUGCAAAGCAAGGGGUUCCGUGCCAAGUCCAUCGAGCACAGCAAGAUUCAGAUAGGACUAGAUCUGCCCAAAGCGAUUCAGAUGCAGUCCGCCGGACAUUGCAUUGGUGUGCGGUCCUUGUACACGACCUUCGACAGUGCACAGGGUAAAGACCCACAAAUGGGAAUAGGAGGAAUGAUCCGUGUGGACUUGUUGUCGAUUCCUCCAUUCAGCAAAAAGGUCAAAGGCUGGACCAUCCGUCAGGUCCCUGCUCCUGGCAAGGAACUCAUGAAGCUGCCUUAUCCGAACACGGAGCACACCACGGCCAGUACUGCGAUCGCAGCUCCCUGCAAGAUUGACUACAAGGUUCCAGCCCACGUGCUGGUCAGCAAGAGCCCUGUGGUCUCCUGGUGGGAUGCAUCGCUGGAGCGCUGGUCAACAGAAGGUAUUAGCGAAAUUACUUGGGAGGAGGACACACGCAAGAUCUCCUUCUUCACUGCACGGCUUGCAUCUUUUUCCAUUACGCAGGAGAGGCACAUUGACCUGCCCUACAAACACUGGAACAUGAGGCCAUGUGAUGAUCUCACCGUGGAGCUGACAGUGCAGGCGGCCAGGUACGAGCUUCGUUUCAUGAUCUCGGAGGAUGGUCUGAGGCUCAAGGGGCCUCAGAUGCCUGAGCUGCUGGACGUGAUGUUUGAAGCUGGCAGUGGCGAGGCGGGUGGCCUCAGCGGCCGUCGACCUCGUGUGCGCAGCCCGGCGACUCUCUUGAAUGAGCUUCGAGAGUGUGGCUUGAAUCUGAUGCCCAAGAACUCGGAUGCCGACCAGCUCGAGGGCUACACGCCGAAGCAUCCAGAAACGCAGGCUCGUGCAUACUCCGAUCUGAGCGAAAUCGCGGCAUACUACGACAUCGCCUCGUCCGUGCACAACAAGGACUUGCCGGCAGAGCGUGCGCUCGUGCGCAUUCGAGAAAAUGAGUUGCACGAGGUUUUCAAUCCAAUGGAUCCAGAUGGUGAUGCUGACUAUCAAGCCCUGAUGUUCUUCCCAGACAAGUGCUGUUUUGUACAGUCGCUCGAAGGGAUUUCGCCAUGCAGGGAGGCCAUGGCGCCAGGCCAUGUGACCCAUUCGAGCCUAUAUCUUUGCUUCGACAAGCACCCGUCGCCGGGGCCUGCUCACUCCGAGCAACUUCAACGUUUGGAAGUAACGACAUCCACAGUCCGUUUCGUGGAGGCAGUGCGGCAAACGAUGCAACUUAUGCAUCUCCUUUCGUUCGUGUGA